AAAGUAGUAUAGCCAAUGAAUGACCAGCAGGAAGGCACAAGAAGAGGAAAGUGCAGUCGUCAACAACGUUGCGGUCAGUUAGUGUAUUGUGCAGCAGGAAAAAUGGCAAAGUUCCUGCGAAAUACGUGUAACAUAUUUGUGUUAAUUAGUGUACUGUGCUUAGCUACAGACUUUGUUAAGAGCCAGAACGACAGGAGAGCGAAAGAAGAGAAGAAAAAUGAAGAAUUCGAAUGCCCGCAGGGAGUCGGUAAUGGAAAUUUUGCAGACCCAGCAACGUGUAGAAGAUUUUAUCAGUGUGUAGAUGGUUAUCCUUAUUUGAACAGAUGUCCUUCUGGAUUGUUUUUUGAUGACAUAAGCAAAUUCUGCACGUUUAAGAAUGAAGCACGGUGUGGACCUAUCGCUUCAACACCAGCUCCUAUUACUGAACCACCGAUCGAUUUAGCUGUAAAGUGUAAUCCAGGCGAAUGUGCACUUCCGUAUUGCUUCUGUUCGAAAGACGGGACUUUAAUCCCUGGAGGCCUAGAACCAGAAGAUACUCCACAAAUGAUGCUUCUAACUUUCGAUGGUGCCGUAAACUUGAACAAUUAUGACCAUUACAGGAAGGUAUUCAAUAAGAAACGGCAGAACCCUAACGGUUGUGAUAUUAAAGGAACCUUUUUUGUAUCUCACGAGUACAGCAAUUAUCAAAUGAUCCAACGCCUUGCCAAUGAAGGUCAUGAAAUGGCUACUGAAACUAUCUCCUUGCAAAUGGGUUUACAAGACAAAGGCUACGAAGAAUGGGUCGGCGAAAUGAUUGGAAUGAGAGAAAUUUUGAGACAUUUUUCGAACAUUUCCAAAAGCGAAGUUGUAGGAAUGAGAGCACCCUUUUUGAAACCAGGGCGUAAUACUCAGUACAAAGUUUUAGAAGAUUUUGGAUACAUUUACGACAGUUCUAUCGGAGUACCGCCUUUAGCAGUACCAGUAUGGCCGUAUACUUUAGAUUAUAAAAUACCUCACGAAUGCAAAUCCGGAACAUGCCCAACUAAAUCCUUCCCAGGUGUUUGGGAACUUCCAUUAAAUGCUCAUUAUGUGGAAGGCUACGAAGGGGGACACUGUCCAUACCUUGAUCAGUGUGUCUUGCACAACCACGAUGCUCAAGACGUUUUCGAAUGGUUACAAGAAGACUUUAGUAAACACUACGAACAAAAUCGAGCUCCAUACAUGAUGCCAUUCCAUACUAACUGGUUUUCAAUCAAAGAAUUGGAACAAGGAUUACAGAAAUUUUUAGACUGGACCGUGACACUGCCUGAUGUUUGGUAUGUAACGGGAACUCAAGCACUAACGUGGAUGACGGAUCCGAAAACCCUUAAGGAGUUGAAUAAUUACGAAGGAUGGGGUUGUAAAAACAAGGCGAAUUUGCCCCCUAAAACGUGCAACAAUUCAAAUAAAUGUGCUCUUAACUUUAAAACGCCUGAUUUAAAUUACACAGAUACGAGAUAUUUAGAAACUUGCAAUGAAUGUCCCAAUCAAUAUCCUUGGUUGGGCGAUGCGGAAGGAUCUGGAAUACCAGGAAGGGAUAAUUAUGUUCCUGAUAACGUUAGGAAAUAGUACAACGUCAUAUUUUAGCAAUAUUUUUUAUUAACGUUCAAACCAAAAUGUUUUUAAAUUAAAUAGGUAAUACCAGUAA